AUGUCGGAGGGUCUGGUUUGCGGCAAGUGGCGUCUGUCGCGACGCUUGCUUCUCUUUCUUCUCCUUUCAAAAAUGGUGAAUUGCAUUCAUAUUGGUGACGCAGAGAAGGUGCAGCUGGGGUGCCGGGUAACACCUGAGGUGCUACCCUGGGUGGUUGAACCCGGCAUGGAGCAGCUGGACGGAAGGGAUAAGAAGAAGAAAGGACCUCAACAUAACAUCAUCCCCACUGUCGGGUUGUUAGCAAGACCCAAGGUACAUAAUGCAGAGAAGGACAGUCAUUUAGCUGCCCCUGCUGCAAAUCGCUGCCUCUCCUUGGAACCAGUCUGCCCUGCCAAAUCCCAAAACAAGCAUAAAUAUCGACAGACAUCCAUCAAUAAUUUGCCUGAUGAAAUUCUGCUCAAAAUUUUCAAAACUUUGCCUAUCCUUGAUCUGCUGACUUGUUCUGUUGUUAACAAACAUUGGUGUGCACUUGCCAGAGACAAUUUGAUUUGGCAAGACAUCUAUUGUCGUUAUGUGAGCACAUGUGAUAAGAAAGAAACUGGAUUACAUCAGGGACAUGGUUACUGGAAGAAACUUUGCAUCAGCAAAACUGUUGAGCUGAGAAAUCGCAAGGUUCUAUCUCUGUUGAGAAAAGUACAUCUCUACACAGGCUUAGUGAAAAAUACUGAAGCUGCUAUCAGGAAGGCUGGUAUUACAUGGAUGCUAUGCUUGAUUGGUACAAAUCAAGGUGGCACAUCUCACAGCAGCAGUCGAAGCCAGUUCAUUGAAAUGCGAUGCCAAGACAUGUUCUUUCAUUCAAUGGCUGUUGUGGUACCUUUUUAUUGCCAGAAUGCGCCAGCACUCAAAUCUAUCAAGACUUGUCAAGUGUUUUCCAUUAACCCUAUCUUCUUCCACAAAGAUGGACGUCCACUCCUUGAUGGGCCUCAUCAGAAAUCAUUAUUACUCGAGGCUUCUUGCCCAAAUGCUGGAUGGUCAUCAUUUAUAUCACCAGAUUCCCUAAUUGGAGAAGAUGCUCUUGUCAGCCUCCAUCAUACACCUCUCCAUGGACUACUUUUUGCUACAUGGAAAGAUGAUGGCGAGUUGUCAUUCAUUGUUGCAUGUUUUCACUUUCAUAAACUUGUCCAGAGAUGUCUGCUUGGCACCAGCUCCCGACCCUACAUUCCAUCAUACCCUAAUGUGAUAGAAGAUGAUAUUGAUCCAUUAUUUGGUCUUCAUCAUUACCAACUAACUGUGGAGCUUUCUGGAAUGCAAACUUCAUAUUACCUUGAACAUUUUAAUGGAUUACAGUGUCAGCUUGGCAACAUCAGUGAUGGACAUGCCCACUUCACAGUGAUCAGAGAAGAGAACACUUACGAUUACACUCCACUCUCGACUAAACUCAACAUGGGAUGGAAAACAGAAGCAUUAAAAGGAGUCAUACAGAAUGCUUGUCUGUUGCAUGCAACAGUCUUAGAAGAAAGAGAUGAAAUCUUCUGGAGUGUCAGUUCUCCUGUUCAAGUUCAAGUGAAAGAAAACUGCAAUCAUGUCCAAUUUGAAAUGACGUCAAGAUCUACACGUUAUAUUUCUUAUAAAGACGACCGAGGCCAGCUACACAUGGAAAUCAAUGAGUGUGAAGAUGGUAGAAAUUAUGUGACACGGCUGGAAUUGUCCCUUUCAUUAGGGGCCAUUAACCAGUGGUUUGGUACCAGUUAUACAUGA